GGCAGAGAGUUGUCUUUCGGCAGCACGGGGGGUGAGAGCGUUUGGCGUGGUCGAUGGUGCACCGCCGUCACGGUCACACGCACACACACGCGCGCGCCGCGCGCGCGCACACCACUCACACACACACCCAUCCUGAUCGCGCCGUGCGCUUGGGGGGCCCUCAGGUGUGCAUCCGCAAGGUGAAGCGGACGCGCAAGCCCAAGCGGAAGUUGCGCUACAACGAGGAGGAGGGCGGCGCCGGGGCCGACGCCGACGCCGAGGAGGAGGACGACGACGGUGAUGGCGACGAUGACGCUCCGGCUCCGCCCGCCAAGCGCCGCAGCACCCGCGCGCAGCAGCAGCGCCAGGGCGCGCGGUGAGACCUCUCGCCGACGCUUGAACCGGCUUUGCUGCACUCUGCGACGCUGCGGUACGUGUGUACCUGUCUAGUAGUGACCGGUGGAGUGAGCGGCGGGCGUGAUGUCACCGGUUGAGUGCCAGUGUGCGUGCAGAAUCGGCGAUCGCUGCCCCCGUCUGGCCUGUCCUGGCGGCGACGGACGUGUUUGAGGGAGAUUUCGAGGUGACGUCUUUGCCGUCCCUAGCCUCCAAGUGUCACUAAGUAAUGUGCAACACCCUC